AUGGCGCGGUGUCGGGAGCGGGAUGGCGGUGUCGGGAGCGGGAUGGCGGUGUCGGGAGCGGGAUGGCGGUGUCGGAGCGGGAUGCGCGAGCGGGAUGGCGGUGUCGGAGCGGGAUGGCGGUGUCGGGAGCGGAUGGCGGUCGGUGUCGGGAAGGGGGUGCGGAGAUGUCGGGAGCGGGAUGCGGUGUCGGGAGCGGGAAUGGGGUGUCGGAGCGUGAUGGGCGGUGUUCGGGAGCGGGAUGGCGGUCGCGCGACGGGAGCGGGAUGGCGGUGUCGGAUGGUGGCGGUGUCGGAGCGGGAUGGCGGUGUCGGGAGCGGGAUGGCGGUCGGGAGCGGAUGGCGUGUCGGGAGCGGGAUGGCGGGUCGGGAGGCGGCGAUGGCGGGUGGAGCGGUGUGUCGGGAGGGAUGA